UCCGCAGCACUGUGGGAUCAGGGUGAAAUUUUCCAAGGACUUUUUUAUUAAGCGUUCAAAAAGUUGAUCCGUUUUUACGUUAUACUUUCAACAAAAGGAGAGCUACAGUCAUCACUCAUGAAAUUAAAAGAAUAAGCAACACGGUUGCGGUUCUAUAUCCAACAUACUUAUUUUCCCUUAGAAUUAAAGAAUGCACAUCGACUCAAAGUGAGAAGCUGAGAGCUUUUGUUGUCAUAAUUUAUUAAUUGAUUAGACAAAAAACAUGUCUUCAAGAAUUCCUAACUCAGUAGCAGUUGGGGCUGCUGCUGUAGGCAUUGGUGUUGCAGUUGGAGCAGGUCUUGCCUACCUCAGCACUCGUAUUCUUCACAGCUCUCGUGUCACCCAAGAAAUAUCUGAACUUCACGAUAACAUUGUGGAGAUGAAACAAAACCUUGCACUCAUUGAAAGUGAACUGGGCAAGCUGUACGGUGCUGUCCCUACUAGCAGCACACUACGCAAAGAAAACCACUUCAGCAGCAACAACAGCACCACAAGUUCCCGUAGAAGCAAGAAUAAAAAGAAUGUCUCUUUUAACAACUCUGUAGCACGAGCUAGCUACUGUGCAUCUGCAGCAGAGACGGGCUCAACAGCAGGCUCGUACAUAACUGCAGUAGAAGGCAGCUUGCAUAAUGGCGACAGCUCCGCUUAUGACACAGAUUAUUUUAGUCCUGAUGAAGGUGACACCACUGAGGAUGACGAGUUCUUCGACUUUGUGCCCUCUGAUAGUGAGGAGACCACCUUCACGAGCCAAAAUUCUGAAACUCGUUACAGAUGGAGUGGCGGCACGGCGACAGAACUAACAGAGCUGCUACGUCGCGUGGACGCUCAGUUCUGUAGCGGGGAGGAGGCCGAGAUCCUGGCCGCCCACGCUAGUCUGCUGGAGGCGCGCCACAGCUUCCCCCUCAACGCUGAGGUCCUCUGGAGACUGGCCAAGAGCCAUCGCAACAUGGCUACUCUGGAGGAGAAAAAGGGCAACCUUGACAUGAAGAAACACUACAUUUUUGAAGCUUACGUUUACGCUGAGAAGAGUCUUUCCAUCAACGACAACAGCGCAGACACUCACAAGUGGUAUGCCAUCACGUCCGGCGCCCGGGGCGAGUUCCUGAGCACCAGGGAGCGCAUCGAGAGCGGCAAAGUCUUUAAGAAACACAUUGAUGCAGCCUUAGCCUUCAGUCCUAAUGAUGCUACGUUGCAUCACCUCCUCGGCAGGUUUUGUUAUGAAAUCUCAGGUCUGACGUGGCUGGAGCGGAGGGCAGCGUCUGCGCUGUUCGGCUCCGUGCCUGAGAGCAGCUAUGCUGAAGCCCUGCAGCAUUUCAUGUCAGCAGAGGAGCUGCACGCGUCAGGCUGGAAGGAGAACCGCCUCUUCAUCGCUAAAUGCUUGGUGAAGCUGCAGCGCCUGGACAGCGUGGCUGACUGGCUACAGCGAGCCCUGCAACUGCCUACUGCUACUGCUGAUGAUAUGGUGGUCGACGAGCAGCUGAACCAGAUGCUGCUGAAGCAUCCUACGGCCUCCUAGCUCGAGUCCUGCUACUGCUGCACAAUGCAGCACUAUGUUGCAUGCUGCUGCACAAUGCAGCACUAUGUUGCAUGCUGCUGCACAAUGCAG